UCAACCUACAAUUCUAGGCAAGAUUGAAAUGUGACGAUACUGGAAGCAUUGAAGAAAAAUCACUGCAAAGCAUUUCUGAAUAUCUGAAAUAUCUGAAUAUUACUUAUUCAUAUAUGUCCGCGGAUAGUUUACUUUAAACAAAAUUGUACAUGAUAGAAUAAUAUAGAUAGUAUUGAACGCAUUUUACAUUAGAAAGAGUUUGAGGAAUUUAUAAUUUAUUCUUGCUGCGCAUAAAGGGAUUUACUUUUAAUGCACGGGAUCUGGAAAUAUGGGCAGGCGAGUUCCAACAGUUGAACUGACUGGAAUCAUCAUUGGAGUGGUGACACUAGGGAUAUGUUCUUUUGUGAUUAUAUUUGUGUGUCUGAAGUAUCCGUCUAUCAGAUCGAGGACAUUUUGGGACAGAAGUCUCAAACGACUUAUAAGACGUUUAUAUUCCGGUGUAAGAAAAAAAGAGAAAUCAGAAGACAAGAAAAGCUUAGUGAUGGGACCAAUGCAGAACAAGAAGCAAGAGCAGACAAAAUUUGUGGUGCCUCAGAUCUUUGUGGAUUAUGGAAGCAGACGACAAUCAUAUGCUUCGGACUAUUUACGUAGAUGCAGUGCUGAAAGUUUAAGUAGUAGACGGACUUCUAUAGCCUCAAAUGAAACUGAUCGUAGAGGCUCCGGAAGUAGUCUCAGUAGCAGACGAACUUCCUUAGCGUCAAAUGAUCGAAGAGGAUCCGGCAGCAGUUUGUGUAGUCGGAGAACGUCGUUACUUUCCGACUGUACAUCUCGUAGAAGUUCUGGAAGCAGCCGAAGUAGUAGGAAAGGGUCGAAUGCAAGCUCAGGAAGAUAUGACGAUACGGAUGAGCUACUUGCUGAUUUAUCAGAUUCUGAAACAUUAGAAAUGGACGAGAUGUACACUUUAGAAGAAGAAUUGCCACCUGAGAAUCGUCGGUCAAGUUUAGAAGAGCCAGCAGACAUGCAAGAACAGGAGAAGAAGAGGAAGCGACCCCGACCAUACCGACGGAGCCACUCACUUGCUGAAAUCCGUCGUCCGACUGCAAUAUUCAUACCCGAAAUUAAACAGCCACCGCUGCCAGCAGGUCGGCCUCGUCCUGAUGGUAGAAGGGUCACCCUGUCCUCGCUUGUCGUCAGUUCUUUAAAUGCACUGGACCACACGCCUAAUCCAGUAGCUCCGCCAUAUCAGCGAAAAAAGCCAAAACUGAGGCCACCAGGAAUUGGUUUACCAGACACGCCGGUUAUGAUGCACGAUUUGAACCUAGAAGAGAUGAUGACACCGCGCUAUGCCACACCUUUACAACCAACAGGAAGGCUCAAAGUGCAACUACAGUUUACAGAUAACGCAUUAAAUGUGAUUAUUAUUGAGGCAGGUGAUCUCAGAAUUGCUGGGUUACCUAGUAACACAGAUGUUAACCCAUAUGUGAAGGCAUUCCUUGUUCCUGGGAGAACAUUUAAAUACAGGACAAAAACAAUAAACAAAUCUAGGACACCAGUUUUCCUGGAAAAGUUCUCCAUUCAAGAGAUAACCAGAGAGGAAUUGUCAGAGGAUUCUGCUCUUGAAUUCCAGGUUUAUUCCUCGCAUCAUAUUACUCGAAGACAUCUGGUGGGUAUGGCCGCGGUGCAGCUAAAAGAUAUAGACAAAUACGAAAAUGGUCUUGUGGAUUUGGUUAUACUGCCUCAUAGUGUUUACAGGCUACAUCAAGGCGAUAUUCAUAUAUCUGGUUGUUAUCAGCCGGUUGCAGGGAAAAUGGUAUUUAGUGUGGUAGAAGCAAGAACUCUACCACGUGUAUCACUUCUUGGUGCUGUUAAUCCUUAUGUUAAAGUGGAGAUGUAUAUAAAUGGAAUCAGAGAAGCAAAACAUAAGACAAAAGUCCGUCAAAACACACAAGAUCCUGUAUGGAACCAGCCGUGUGUCUUCGACAUUAACAGAGAGAAUCCGAAACUUCUUGGCCAUGUUUUUGUUUUUCACAUUAUCCACAAGGACAUGAUGAUGGGCGUGCAGAAAAUUGGACAGGUGGAGCUUGGAUGGUACAGUCAUGGAGAGCAGCUGGAUCAUUGGUACGAAAUAAUGGAACAUCCACAUAGACCAACAGACUACUGGCAUCCUAUCAUAAAGACUAGCAAAAUCACUUCAUGACCUUGAAAUGCUACAAUUGUAUGAGUGGAUUAUAUUUUGUCUAUAUACAAACGAAGACACUGGUUAAACCUGCUAAAGUUUCAUAUCAAUAAAAAUCAAGAAAAACAGCAAGGGAAACGUACGUCAAUCACAAAUAAACUUUUGCCAUAGAUGUCUUACUAAAUAUUUAGCAAAUUAUACCAAUUUGGUUUUAAUUAUAGCAGCAAUGACAAACAACUACAAUUAUGUAACAAAACAAGAAUUAGACAAUAGUUUUAACUGACAAUAGGGGACAUAUAAUAGGGAGGAAGGUUAUUGAUGACUAUGUGAUCACUAGUCGCGUUGGAAUAAUUCGAGUCCACUCUAUACAUUGUUAUUUAUGUAAAAAUGCGACCAAUAAUGGUGUUGGAUUUUGCAACCUGCUGGGCAGGUGUCAAAUGCAUGUGUGAUAUGCGUAAAUAACUGCAGUAAUGUAAUCAUUUAUGUACAUAAGUAACACUUUUCUUAUUGUAUUGAGUUAUGUAUGUAUUUCCCUUAAUAUUAUUAAAUCUGAAAAGGCCACCGCUUUAUUAAAUAAGUGCAAUCAAUAAGAAAGCCACCAGGAAACAUUGUGACUAUAUUGUCAGUAGUAGAUGUGGAAUGUACCGAAAUGGAAUCUAUAGUGGUGUGACCGUAUUGUUUAGUGUAUCUUUUGUUUCGAAAAUUUAAAUGACAUUUCAAUUUAAUCGGAUAACAGUCUAUAAAUAUUACUCAGUAUGCCAAUAAAAUAGAAUAACUUACUGCUAUAUCUAAAGGAAGACACGAUAACAUGCCAAAGUUUACCUCUAUCAGAUUGUUGAAAAGAAAGCUAUUGUAUUCGAUUAUAAAUAGUUUUGUCCUAUUAUUGUAAAAGCCUCAGUCAUAUUUCAUUUAAUUUUGAUCAGUGGCUACCAAACGCCAGAAACGCCAGAAAAAAGGCAGGUAUGAUCAACAUAAACAUGUUUUUAUAAGCACAACUGAACUUAUACCAUGCAUGACACUGUCUUAUCUUGGUUACCCUAUUCGUUUACGGCUAUACAAAGUUAAUAUAUAGAUAAUAUUAUUUAUUUAGGCACAGCGUCAUCUUAUCCACAUAUCAUACAUCUUCCAAUUUUAUUCGGUGAUCCCUUGCGAAAAAAAAUGCGAUCCGUAUUAAACUUUGAGUGGUAUAUGUUUGUUCACUGUAAUAAUGUAAACUAUUAACGUUGUUAUGUUGCCUAAUCCUACACAAGGCGCCUUUCUUGAUAGAAGUUACUGCAUAAGUAAUUCUUCAUUACAUACUUGAGUAUUACAGUUAAUCUAUGAAAUUCACAAUCAAAUUCCUUCGGUAGAAUACGAUUUUAACCAAACGAUUUUACAUUUACUUUGAUUUUAUUUUUGUACCAAAAUAUUUUCUCUGAGACAUACGAAUGAUCUCAGUGCAUAUAUAUUUGUUAUAUCAUAGUAUAUUUAAUUUAUAACAUAUAUUUUGACAGCAAAUGGAAUAUGUUUAUAAAGUGUUGUCUGUCUUCUUAAAGACCCAUCACAAUCUGGCGACCGACCUAUUUUCCCUACAUCAGUUUCAUGAAAUCAUCCUAUUAGUAAUAAUACUCUUAUAAUACAGCUUUAGUACAAAAUGUCAGGCCCUUCCUGAAUUAUUGUAUGUUCACAACUUCAUCGACUAAUUCUUCUUAGCUUGUUUGAUUUAGACAUUUUCUUUCAGUACAGUCAAACCUGUGUUAAAGACCACAUCUGAACAGAGACCAUCUGGCUCUAAAGACCACAUGUUUUGUUUUCCAUUUUAACAUUCACAGUGUAUUUUAACCUGUGAAUGAAGACCAGCUCACAAAAAAGACCACAUUUUGGCUCUCCCAAGGGUGGUCUUUAUAGACAGGUUUGACUAUUUGUAUAUUUUAAAGCUCUAAAACAGCUAAAUAUAUAUCUUGCACUGUAGGAAGUAUACCUGAUAUUAGCUCUUGUGUAAUUACCUCCAUAGAAACACAGAAACUACAGUAGUUAUUCCGUGUGGCGGGUCUUUAAAAGGUGUCUUGGUUGUAAUCGUCUGACUUUGAAUAAAAUGUGUUGUUUUGAAAUAUAGAGAUGUUGAGAGAUGUUGAAAUAGAGGUAUUUGUCUUACAUAUUUCUUUUAUAUCAAAUGAAAUGGUUAUGCAUUUGUAAUGAUGUAAUUAUAAGUAUUGCUAGACGUGAAGCGAACAAAUGAACAUGCAUCAAAGUCAGUUAUGAAAUUACAGAAGUGUUGGGUAAUCAUGAAGUUCAACCGAUGAUGAUAAUUCAAAAAUUUAAACGACAAGACUUUUAAUAAGGUAAAACUAUUGCUUUAUACAGUAAACAUUCUUUUGGCUGCAAAAGUGUUUGAAGAGAAUUCAUUUCUUGGGAUGCAUGCGUGUGUGUACGCGUGUAUGUGCGCGUAUGCGUGUGUGUGUGGACAAAUAUCUGCACGUAUGCAUGUGCAUUUAAACGUGAAAACAUAUGUCCGUAUGUUUGUCCCUGAUUAUAUUGUUAUGGUAGCAUAAAUUAGAAGUACAAUGCGGUUUUCUUGCAAUGUAAAGUUAACUACGCUCGUCACAAAUUUUUGUUAAAUAAGAAACUUUAGCGAGCUUUUCUGACUCGUCAAGAAUCCAUUAACCAAAUAUAUCCGUAUGGCUCACCUUUGAAUGUAACGUAGCGUUUUGUUAAAUAAGAAAUCAAUACAAGUGUAGAGGUAUAUGAAAAGCUAUAGAUUUUUACCUUUUUUAACGGUUCUACAAAGUAAAAACAAAUCAUUAAGGUUAUUACACUUGUGCAUUCUUAGACUUUUCUUUCUGAUUAUCUUAUUGUAGUAAAGCAAAACAAGAAAAUACGAAAAUCUGCUUUAUAAUUUCGAUAAAUCUUUAUUAUCAUGGCAUACAUAUGUAGAAUAUAGUGAGUUUUACCCUUUUUAUGAAAAUAACAACAUACCGUUUAAUUGUUUGUGGAAUACGAGUAGUUUGCAUAUAGUCGUGUUAAAUUUGGAGAGACAUAUUCUGUUCCUAGUAUAAUAUGUGUCGUCAACCCACCAUUAUUUCAAACACAUGAAUGUAGUGCGUAUCCAGUGUAUUUAGAUUGUGUGUAUAAGCCAGUUUGCUGAAAAUAUUACGAACGAACGCUGUUCAACAUUAACAUAGAUACAUGUAGCUAUAGCAAACAUGAUUGUUUUGUCUGUAUUUUAAACUUCAAAUAAGGGUUAUUGUAAAAAAAGACUCGAGACAUUCUGAUAGAUAAAUAAGUGGACGCAACCUUUAAAGUGUAGAACUUGAUCUUACCCUCUUACAAACGAGUGAAUAGUAUAAUGUUCAUGUUAAUCUAAUUACAAAUUUUGUAAAUAAUUUAUUUAUUAGAAUAUUGUGAUAUAUGUACUAUACGAUGCUAGUAAUGCUGUCGAUGAAACCCCCUUGUUGUUGAUUUUACUGAUGGUUAAGAGUAUUAACCAUGCGUUAUAUGAAUGAAAAAUAAAUAUUUUAGUU